CCCGCUGCUGCUCCCGCUGCUGCUGUUGCUGCGAGCGGGCAGCCGCGCCGAGCCCGGGGACGCCACGCAAGGAGUGAAUUCCUCGGUUGUUGCUGAUUUCAUGCCCACAUCGUCAUGGAACAUCUCAAGUGAAUUAGAUAAAGAUUAUUUCCUGACGCUGGACGAGCCCAUGAACAACAUCACCACCACCCUGGGCCAGACUGCAGAGCUGCACUGCAAGGUGUCUGGGAACCCCCCUCCCACCGUCAGGUGGCUGAAGAACGACGCUCCCGUGGUGCAGGAGCCCCGCAGGAUCUCCUUCCGAGCCACUCCCUACGGCUCCCGCCUGCGGAUCCGCAACCUGGACACCACCGACACCGGCUACUUCCAGUGCGUGGCCACCAACGGCAGGAGGACUGUGUCCACCACUGGGGUGCUCUUUGUGAAGUUUGGUCCCCCGCCAACAGCAAGCCCAGGAUCCUCGGAUGAGUAUGAGGAGGAUGGGUUUUGCCAGCCUUACAGGGGCAUCGCCUGCGCCCGCUUCAUCGGGAACAGAACCAUCUACAUGGAGUCCUUGCACAUGCAGGGGGAAAUAGAAAAUCAAAUUACAGCUGCCUUCACCAUGAUCGGCACCUCCAGCCAUUUGUCGGAUAAAUGCUCCCAGUUUGCCAUCCCCUCCCUGUGCCACUACGCCUUCCCCUACUGCGACGAGACCUCCUCCGCUCCCAAACCUCGGGAUCUGUGCCGGGACGAGUGUGAGAUCCUGGAGAACGUCCUGUGCCAGACCGAGUACAUUUUUGCCAGGUCUAACCCCAUGAUCCUGAUGAGGUUGAAGUUGCCCAACUGCGAAGAUCUGCCCCAGCCCGACAGCCCCGAGGCUGUCAACUGUAUCCGCAUCGGGAUCCCCAUGGCUGAUCCCAUCAAUAAAAAUCACAGGUGCUACAACAGCACGGGCGUGGAUUACCGGGGCACGGUGAGCGUGACGCGCUCGGGGCGGCAGUGCCAGCCCUGGAACUCGCAGUACCCCCACACCCACACCUUCACUGCCGCCAGGUACCCCGAGCUCAACGGGGGCCACUCCUACUGCAGGAACCCCGGCAACCAGAAGGACGCUCCGUGGUGCUUCACCUUGGAUGAGAACUUCAAGUCGGAGCUCUGCGAUGUCCCGGCCUGCGAUUACAAGGAUUCCAAGGAAAAGAAUAAAAUGGAAAUCCUGUACAUCCUGGUGCCGAGUGUCACCAUUCCCCUGGCCAUAGCCUUGCUCUUCUUCUUCAUCUGCAUCUGUCGGAACAACCAGAAAUCCUCGUCCCCUCCGGUGCAGAGGCAGCCGAAACACGUCCGGGGGCAGAAUGUGGAGAUGUCCAUGCUCAACGCCUACAAACCAAAGCAGCAGCGGUCUGUCCUGUGUGUCCGUGUCCCUGGAGAAAUAAAGGAGUUUUUGUGUGAUAAAGCAAGAAAGCCCUUCCUGAAGCAUCUCUAGAACACCUCAUUGAAGUGAGAGGCUAAUGCAGGUAAAGAUGUGAUUCAGCAUUUCCUCAGGAGAGUUUUUUAUGGCUCUGCUCAGUUCAUCUGUCACCUUUCACUCAGCUAAAAUCACCUUUGGAAAGAUUUCUUCCUUGGCUUUCCUGGCUUACCCAUUCCCUCAGUUAAAAGCAGAAAUGAC